UGAUGUGUGCAUGCGAAUGGAAGGACGAGGAGGAAGAGAGGGUUCAGCGAUUUCUGAUCUCACACAUUGUGUUAUCCACAGCAGCGGCAGAGUGUCAGUGUAUUUUCUUUAUUAGUGACAUCACUGCUGUCCCAUAAAAUCGCUCUUCACCUCACUAACGAACACAUCGAUGUCAGUGUCAGAAAGUUUCACUUCCUCUUCACAUCGCUUGAUGCCGUGCCUCCGUCAGGACUCACGGUGGAAACCCAUUGGUCAGCGGCAUCCUUUAAUGUUCGUGCCGUGCUUUGCAUUGACCAUUCAUGGUUGACGGUGGGCGUGUGGAGGGCGGAUUUGGAGGCAGAUCCACGUACGAAUGUUUCCAAGUGGACUGUGAACAUUGCGUUCAGGUGUGCGUACGCACGGUUUUAUAAAUCGGAAUUAGCUUUGGCCAACGCCAUUUCCGGCUUUUGUGCGUGCGCACACUUUUAGUAGGAAUCCUACGCAAUCCUUUAUAAAUCCGACCCCUGAUCAGAGCAUUUGGUACUUACAUCAGGAGGGAGAUCCAAAGAAAAAUCGAAAGAAGCUGAAAUGUACUCUAUUCUCUUAGAUGAGACCACCGAUGUUUCCCACAAAGAACAGGUGUCAUUUGUAGUGCGUUAUCUACAUCAAAAGCAAAUAAAGGAGAGAUUUAUCGAAGUUUGUAACAUUGAUACAACAACAGGCCAGGAGCUGGAGAAUACUGUAGUCUCCCUUCUACAGAAGAAUGGUCUGGAGCUGAAAAACAUGUAUGGCCAGGGCUACGAUGGAGCAGCCAACAUGAGUGGCAUGUACAAAGGUCUUAAAGCCAGAAUACGCACACUCAAUGAGAAGGCCCUCUAUGUGCACUGCAAAGCACACUGCCUGAACUUGGUCCUGGUGGAAGCCUCAAAGUCAAAUAAGCACUUUGUGACCUUCUUCAACCUCGUGGAGAAGCUGUAUGCCUUUUGCAGUGGCUCCUCAAAGUGCUGUGCUGAUUUAGUUAGAUUGCAGCAGUCACUGCAUCCAGAGGGACACAUUGUGGAGCUCACAAGGCUGUCAGAUACCCGUUGGGCUUGUAUGGAACAAGCACUGAUGGCCCUACAGAGAAAUCUGGAAGCUUUAAUGAUGUUCCUCAAUCAGAUCUGUGAAAGAAAUCCCUGAACUGGCGCUAGGAGAUGCAAAAAUGUACCAAAAUGCGAUUAACUUCCCAUUCAUCCUCUGCAUGGAAAUCACCACCCCAGCAUUUGAAGUCACUGCUCUUGAAUCAAACGCUCUGCAACAAGAAAGCCUGGACCACUCCACAGCCUACAAGCUAACUGAUGGUGUAAUUCAUCUACUGUUGUGCCUGGUCAGGAGAGGAAACAGAAAGUGCCAGUGCAUUUCCAACACAGCACAACUAUAUCCCAAGUGAGUGAUGAGAUUGACUCUGUGGAGUCAUACUACAUGUGGAAUGUUUACUACACAUUUAUUGAUACCUUUACUGCGGAGCUCAACAGGAGAAUCCAGGGGAGCAUCACUGGAAGUCCAACUGGCACAAUCAUACGGUCCUUCCACUCUCUAACAGUGUGUGCCAACUGGACAAGCACCCCAAACCCAGAGGCAGAAGAAGCUGUCCAUGUUAUUUGCGACUUCUAUGAGGAAAAUGAGGACCAGCUGAAGACAGAGCUAAAGGUGUUCCACUCCAGCUUUCCCUCGAAGAACCUGCAAGAAAUCCUUGCCAUUGUGGAGGAGAACACUGGCCAGCUCAUCUUUCCAUUACUUGUCAAGAUGGUAAGGAUCUAUGCAACACUGCCAGUGACAACAGCUUCAGUGGAAAGAUCCAUUCAAAACUGAAGAUAAUAAAGAACAAGCUCAGGAGUCUCUGUGGAGAAGAAAGACCCACCGACCUUCUCCUGCUUGCCAUUGAGCAAGACAUUGAAAUAAAUCACAGUAAAGUAAUAAAAAUCUUCCAAGAGAUGGCACCAAGGAGGAUGCUCCUGUGAAGAUCCUUUAUUUUAUUCAGAACAGAGUUUUGAUAAGUUUUAAGUUAGAAUAUUUUUUGAUUAUUUAACAUAUUAUUUGGUUAUACACUAUGGCUUUAUUUUGUGUGUUUUUGCCUGUUAUUCAUUUAUUUAUUCAAUUUGAUAAUUUGAGUGAGUUUAUUAAUAAAAAUAAAUAUAUAAGUAGAAAAUAUCCUACUGUUUUUUAUUUACUGUUUAAUUUCAUAAAUAAUUUUUGCGAUGGGUGCCCUUUUUUUUGUUUUGAGCACCUGCCUCCCAAAAUGUCUGUGCACGUGCCUGUUCACGCUGAACAGUUUAUUGUUUCAUUACAGUCCCUCAAUAAAAACAUUUGAUCAAAACAAUUAUUUGGGAACCCCCUUUUGUUUUUAUGGCCAAUAUGACCAAAUGAUUUUGGUGAGAAUAUUACAUUUGUACUUUAGCAUAGUCAACAGAACUCGCUAGACGUGUGACAUGAUUUUGGUGAGAAUAUACAGUAUUACUGUGUAGGGCUGGGUAUUGCCUACAUUGCAACAUAGUGGACACAGGAACCUAAUGUCUCACUGAGAGAGGAGAUGGUUGAAGAUCUUGAGCAGCAUGUCAUCUUGUGUCAGGAAUCAGACAUUCUGUCAUUAUGCAAUGCUGUUAUGUUCGAUGGAGAUUGGGACCCAGACUCGAGUAUGCAGGUUAACAGUUUAUUGAAAUGAUUAAUAAUGGUGGGAUUCACAGGAGGUAUGUAGAAUAGCAGUGGAGUGGCAGUGACGGCUCCAGUGGCUUCAGCACACGAGAGAGGGGAAUAUUGAAGACGGUGGACAGGUUUGCAAUUGGUGUUGAUCUGGAACUGGCAGGCUGGGAUGGUUCUGAACAGAGGGAAACAAGACGUUAGGUACGAGCACAGGCAAGGUAAUAUAGAGCUAAUGUCAGACGUAGCUACCACUGUAGUGGACGGAACGAUCUGGCUUCAUCUAGGAAAUGAUAAUAUGGUCUGUAUUUAUAUAGCGCUUUUCCAGUCUUUAUAACCACUAAUAAUGUUUAUCCGUACAGUUUUGCCAUUCACCCAUUCACACAUACAUUCAUAAAGUGCACCCAUGUCCGACACUUUCUCAGUUUUUCUCUAGCAUACAUCAUUCAUACACUGCCAAAUGCCAGGGGUAAUUUGGGAUUUAGUAUCUUGCCCAAGGACACUUCAACAUGCAUCCAUCUCUGGUUAGUGGACAACCCGCUCUACCUCCUGAGCCACAGGUGCUGGAUUGCUGGAUGAUUGUUUAGGUUGAACAUCCUGUUGGGCGGAAUGACACCUCUGUAUUUCCAUAUCGUCAAUGUGUGUUUCCACUGUGCUGUAUCCUGCCUGCUCAUGCACACAUGUAUAAGCUGUGUGUUUGAAGACUCACGUUUGGCUUUCAUCACAGCACUCCUCUUUGCUGUGCACCCUGUCCACACUGAAGCCGUGUCUGGGGUUGUGGGCAGGGCUGAUGUUUUGGCCUGUCUGUUGUUUUUGCUGACUUUUCUUUCCUAUGUUAGAAGUGUGGGUGUGUGUGUCUCAGAGGACUCUCUGCCCUCCACCAUGUCGGCAUGUUCUCUGAUUGUCAGUUUGUUGCUGGGCACUUGCGCCAUGCUGAUCAAGGAGACAGGCAUCACAGUGUUUGGAGUUUGCGUGCUCUAUGAUGCCCUGGUCCUCUGCUGCAAGCCUCUUAUUAAUCACCUGUAUAGCUCCAGACCAGGCAACCUCCUCUACAUCUGCAGCCCCUUCGUCAAAAGAGCCUGCCUGAUCUCUGGAUAUGUGGUGCUCAUCAUGUCAGUCAGGCUGUGGCUGAUGGGAGGAUCCAUGCCUCUCUUCUCUGAACAGGACAACCCCGCCUCCUUCUCCCCUCACCUGCUUACCAGGAUUUUGACCUACUCUUACCUGCUGUCAUUUAAUGCCGGGUUGCUGCUUGCCCCCAUCGUGCUUUGCUACGACUGGCAGGUGGGGAGCAUUCCCCUGGUGGAGUCGUUGAGUGACUUUCGCAACGUGGCUGCCAUGCUGCUGGUCAUUGUAAUGGUUGCACUUUGCCUGCACUGCGUCUUCUCACUGCAGAGACAAGAGAGCAGGGAGGUGUUGGUUGGAAUGUUGUUUCUGGUGUUUCCAUUCAUUCCUGCCAGUAACCUUUUCUUCAGGGUUGGAUUUGUUGUGGCCGAAAGGGUUCUCUACAUGCCGAGUAUGGGUUACUGUAUCUUAAUGGCUCAUGGCAUGGGUCGGUUGUGUGCGGUGGUAGGCCGCUGGGGCACCACAGUCCUCAGUGUCUCCAUGCUGUUGCUCCUACUUCUCUUCUCCUGGAAGACCAUCCAGCAGAACCAUGUCUGGCUAACCAGGGAGGCCCUUUUCCAGUCUGGUAUCCAGACUCUGCCUCACAAUGCCAAAGCCCACUACAACUACGCCAACUUCCUGAAAGACAGUGGCCGACACAAGGAGGCCAUUCACCACUACACCACUGCCCUCAGGUUAUAUCCUCGUCAUGCCAGUGCCAUGAACAAUCUUGGCACUCUGACACACUGCCCAGAGGAGGCCGAGUACUUCUAUAGGAAAGCACUGGAUACCAACCCUCAACAUAACCGCGCUCUCUUUAACCUGGCCAACCUCGUCAAGUACCAGGGGAAGGCAAAAGAGGCUGAGGCUCUGCUGAUUGACUCCAUACACUUCGGUGCUCAUUUUGCUGAUGCUUACGCCAGUCUGGCAUCACUUUAUGCAGAACAGAAACGUUUUCCUGAAGCCAAUGAAGUGUAUCUGAAAGGCAUACAGAACUGUCCAGACAAUUCUGAUCUGCAUAAUAAUUAUGGUGUGUUUCUGGUAGAUACAGGAGAAGGAGCGCUAGCAGCAGCUCACUACUUGCAAGCAGUUCGACUCAAACCAGCACACUAUGUUGCAAUGGUAAACCUGGGCCGCCUUCUCAGAUCAUCCAAUGAGAAUGAAGCAGCGGAGUCUUGGUACAAGAGGGCGUUGCAGAUAACAAGGAAGGUGGACAUCCUGACACCGCUUGGAGCACUGUACUACAACACAGGCCGAUUUGAAGAGGCUCUGCUGGUGUAUAGAGAGGCUGCAGCCCUGCAGCCAGACAACACAGACAUUUGGCUGGCUCUGGCUCAAGUUUUAGUCAUGGUCAGCCAUACCAUAGAAGCAGAGAAGAUAACCUUGGACAUCAUAUCCAGAGAAGGCAGCUGUAUUGAAUGUUACAGACUACUGUCUGCCAUCUACAGCAAGCGUGGCGACUUUACAGAGGCCCUGGUUGCUCUGGAUAGGGCCCUUCAGCAGAAUCCUAGUGAUCUGACAGUAAGAGCAGAGCUGUAUUUCUCCAAAGGAAACCAGCUCCGAGAGAUGAACCAGCUGGACCGGGCCUUUGAGAGCUACAAACUAGCGGUGGAACUCAAACCUGACCGGUCCCAGGCCUGGAUGAAUAUGGGAGGGAUUCAACACAUUAAGGGAGAUUAUGCAGCAGCCAGGAUCUACUACCAGCAAGCCCUGCUUUUGAACCCUGGUUCCAAACUUCUUAAGGAAAACUUGGCCAAGCUGGACCGGCUAGAAAGGAAACUGACAGUCGAGGCAUAGACCACCAAAGUCUGAAAGAUUCUGCAUCAUCAUGGGUAUAGAUCAAGGGAGGAAGACACUGCCCACACUUCUGGAGCCAGUCUUGACAAAAUAGACUAGGAUUGGAUGGACUUGUUUAGACUGUAGGGUGUUUGGUGUGUUGGAGUAAGGAGAUGGGUCAUGUCAUAGUCCAGAAACCUUUUGCUUCAUGUGUUUCACCAAGGGAAUGAAAUUCAUUCCUCACCUGUCUUCAUUAUUCACUUGCCUCAGGCACCUUCCUCUCAGGUGGCUGAGGCAGGAACUGUAACUAACUGUUGAAAGCCAAGUAAAUGGACCAUAAAGUUUGGAUCAUUGUUUUGCAAUGGUUUUGGAAUGGAUUGACACAAGAUUAAUAAUGUCUGUUUGAUCUUGCAGACCUGGUAGUGACCUUGGGCCACAUGCUCCAUAACUUCUUUAGAAUUUUCUUAAAUUUGUUCUUAAGAAUAUUCUGUAGAAAACUUGAAUUAUGAUGUAAUCUUAAACUGCAGAAUUUUUUGCACCUGAAUUCUUAUAUUGACGAAUGACAUGUCAUGUAAGUUCCUAAUUAGCAUAGCUAAACCCUGCCAAAGCCCAUAAAAGGGCAUGAAACUGCAGUGGCAUGUACACACAGAAACAGAAAAGGAUUUCUAAGAGGUCAAGAAUGUCUAAACGAAAUGGAUGAUGGCACAAAGGAAAAGCUGUUAUAUUUUGUAGUGUCAGCAGUGGAUAGAAAAUUAUUUAAAAAAAACACAAAGUUAUGUAUUACCUGAGUUGAACCAGCGCAUCAUUGACCACGCAAUACUAUGUGUUUUAAAUUUGAUUUGGGUAAGGUCUGUCACGUUGGUUGGUCUGAUGUUUUACUCUGCUCGUUUCUGUUAUCUGUUCACAGAAAUUACCAUUUGUGUCAGAGACAGAGUAACACAAAUUCAGUGGAGCUUACUUUAACUGCUUUGGUUUCGGGUCAGGUCAGACACAGGUUUAAUCACCAGCUGACAGCUCUAAGCAUUGGUGUGAGUUCACCGAAGUUGCAUUGGGGACUCAUUUUAGAUCCAUUCAGGCUGGAUUUUGAGGUGGUCUAGGAAGCAUGUGGCCCCAUUCUUUUAGCAGUGGUUUUGCAAAUAUAUCCCCGGCCACAUUGAAGCAAUGUGGCCGUGAACACAUUCAGAAUAUCUUCUAAUGUCAAGCUGUAACUGAUAUAUACUAAGAUGAUGGCCACUUUCGACUGUAUCUCUCACGACAGAUGUUAAUAUCAGGUAUUCCAUGUUCAUUUGACUUCCUAUUUUUCAGAACUCUAUGUACAACCUGAUGUAACAAUGCUUCUUCAAGUAUAAUAAGUGUGUCUGGAUGAGAAUUUUGAUAUUUGUGGCCAAAACCUUUGAAGCUUUUCAUCAUGCUAUGUGGGAGUACAAUUGGAAUAAUAAAAGAAUAAACAAGUAAAGAUAAUGGUUGGAAAUAUAAAGAUAUAUAAAGAGAAUAAGUAAAUGUUUGAUAACCCUAAAACAAAUAGGCAAUUAUAAAAUAAUAAUUAUAAGCAUUUUCUCAUUUAAUUCUGUAUAUAUAUUAUAUGUUAUAAAAACUAGUGUUUUGUAUAUACA